AUGUCGGACGAAUACGCUUGUGUGGCCAAAAGUAAACUUAAAUUGAAAAAUGAUGCUGGAAUAAAGAAAAAAAAGAAGAAGAAAAGUAAGGAUAGAGAAAAAGAACAAGAGGUUUUGCAACAAGCAAUAUCCAAUGAAAGAUCCAGCACUGCAUCAUUGACGAAGGCGGAGUUGGCGUUCAAACAACAGCAGGAAAAAAUGAGAAAUAAACGUAUUCUGGAGAAGGCAACCACAACACACAAAGAGAGAGUUGAAAAAUUCAAUGAACACUUGGACACCUUGACUGAACACUUUGAUAUACCCAAGGUUUCGUGGACCAAAUAG